GGACUUGGAAACAACGCUACGCGGAUCACCCGACCCUUCAAAACCCUCUCUUUGCUCCACUGUUUCGCCAUUAGUCCUGUCUUUCUCCACCGCCCCCCUUUCACCUUUUCGAAUUCUGAUUUUUCCCACUCUCUUCAAUUUCUUACAAGUCAGAAUUCAGAUAGACCCCAAAAAGGUCCUAUCUAACCCUAACUUCUCAUCUCUUCAUUUUGUGCUUCUCUUUCUCCCCCACUGUUUCCCUGCUCGAUAACACAUGUUGAUUCCAUUUUGUUAACGGCUUUCUAGGAUUUUAUUCGGGAUUUUGUCGGAGCACUGAAUACCUUCCUUUUCCUGUUUGAAAUCAAAGAGUUGCGGAGUAUAAGAACUAUAUAAACGAAGAUGUUUGGUACAACUAACCCAACUCUUAAAACAGCUUUCGGGCAACCAGCAAGUAGCCCAUUUGGCCAGACCAAUCCAAGUAGCAAUCCGUUUGCACCUAAAUCUUCCUUUGGUAGUCCAACUCCUUUUGGCUCCCAAACAGGGGGUUCACUAUUUGGUGGUACUUCUACUGGGGUGUUUGGUGCAGCCCAACCUUCUUCUCCAUUUUCCUCAACAACAACCUUUGGUGCAUCAUCAUCUCCGGCAUUUGGAAGUUCCAUGCCUGCUUUUGGGUCUUCGUCUACUCCUGCUUUUGGCAAUUCAUCAUCAUCUUUUGGUGGGCCUUCUGGUUUUGGUCAGAAGCCAGCAUUUGGUUUUGGAUCUACUCCCACUCAAUCAAGUCCUUUUGGAAGCUCAGGGCAGCAAUCACAACCUACAUUUGGUAGCGGAAUAUUUGGUUCCUCCACACCCUUUGGUUCAACACAGUCUGCAUUUGGUGCCACAAGCACCGCUGCGUUUGGUGCCACAAGCACCCCUGCCUUUGGUGCCACAAGCACCCCUGCCUUCGGUGCCACCAGUACCCCUGCCUUCGGUGCCACAAGCACCCCUGCUUUCGGUGCCACAAGCACCCCUGCUUUCGGUGCCACUAGUACCCCAGCCUUUGGUUCCACAAGCAGCCCUGCCUUUGGUUCAACUGGAAGUCCUUUUGGGAGCACUGGAACUGCAUUUGGUGUGUCUAAUGCCCCAGCAUUUGGAGCAUCAAGCACACCUGCUUUUGGCACAUCUAGCACUCCAGCUUUUGGAGCGUCUUCUACUCCUUCCUUCAGCUUUGGGUCUAGCCCUGCUUUUGGACAAUCAACAGCAGCAUUUGGUAGUAGUCCUUUUGGGACGACUACAGUUGGAGCACAGAGUUCCCCUUUUGGAAGCCAAUCCUCUUCUCCUGCAUUUGGAAGCACGACCUUUGGCCAGUCUGCAUUUGGGGGUCAACGUGGAGGCAGUAGAGUAGCUCCUUAUACACCUACAACUGAUGCAGAUAGUGGGAGUGGUACACAGCCUGCUGCAAAAUUGGAGUCAAUAUCAGCAAUGCAUGUUUACAAAGAUAAAAGUCAUGAGGAGCUGAGAUGGGAGGAUUAUCAGUUAGGAGAUAAAGGUGGACCGCAACCAGCUGCUCAGCCUUCUGGAGGGAUUGGCUUUGGUGUGUCAGCUGCACCUGCAAGUCCUUUUGGCUCUUCUUCAACAAUUGGUCAAACAUCUGCAAAUCCAUUUUCCGGCACGAGUGCUAAUCCAUUUAGUAUAAAACCCCCAUCCUUUAAUAGUGCAAGUUUUACAACCUCAACUACUACAUCAAAUCCUUUUCAAUCAACAUCAUCAAGCCUUUUUGGCCCAUCUUCAUCAACAACACCUUCAAUAUUUAGUUCUUCAGCUCCUGCAUUUGGAACUGGUUCAUCUCUUUUUAGUUCAUCUGUAACUCCUUCAUUUUCAUCUUCGCCAUCCAUAUUUGGUACUGGUGCAGCUCCAGCAACAACACCCACAUUUGCCACUGGUUUAAAUUUUGGCAGCAGUCAGGGGUCUUCUCUGUUCACUUCUACCCCUGCAAUUGGGCAGGCAAGCUCUACCUUUGGACAGAAUACUAGUAGCUUUGGUCCAACUAGCAUUUUCAAUACACCUUCCACUGGGUUUAGUGGGAAUAUGUUUUCGAGCUCUCUGUCAUUGCCUCCUUCUAGCAACCCAACUGCCUUCGGCUCAACAACUCCCUCUUUUGCUUCACCUUUCCAGCCAGCUCAGACUUCUGGAGCUUUCAGCUUUAGUAAUCUUGGUCAGACACAAAUGAGUGGUGGAUCUGGCAUUUUUGGUCAGAGUAAUGUUGGCCUACCGUCUGUGACACAAAAUGCUGCUGUAGUACAACCUGUGACUAUUAGUAAUCCCUAUGGAACACUCCCCGCAAUGCCUCAAAUGUCAAUUGGUCGGGCUGGGACUGCACCAUCUGUUCAAUAUGGGAUUUCUAGCAUGCCUGUCACGGACAAACCCGUUCCUGUUAGAAUAUCGCCCCUGUUGACUUCACGGUACAUUUCACAAAGACGGAUUAGGUUGCCUGCAAGGAAAUAUCAUCCUAAUAACGGCAAUCCAAAGGUUCCAUUUUUCAAUGACGAUGAAGAGACACCCAGCACACCUAAGGCUGAUGCUGUUUUUAUUCCUAGGGAAAAUCCAAGGGCUCUGGUUAUCCGUCCCACUGAAAAUUGGCCUUCAAGAGCUUCUGUAGAGAAGGUAUUGCCUUUGAAGGAUGCAUCCUCUCUGGUGCAUGAGAAUGGCAAAGUUUCUGAUGAUGGCUUCAAUGCUGAGGAUAAAGAUAAAAAUCCAGCUGAAAAUGGCCUUGUGAAGGAGCAGAUUCAUCAUAACCAGAAAGCUAAUGGAGUCCAUGAUGAUCAUUCUGUACAGAAAGAGGAUUCGUUCAGGACACUCAGUGGCCACAGGGCUGGUGAGGCUGCUAUUGUGUAUGAGCACGGGGCUGACGUUGAGGCUCUAAUGCCAAAGCUCAGGCGUUCUGAUUACUAUACAGAACCCCGAAUCCAAGAACUGGCAGCAAAGGAAAGGGCUGAACCAGGGUACUGUCGCCGUGUCAAGGACUUUGUGGUUGGGCGGCAUGGUUAUGGAAGCAUAAAGUUCCUGGGUGAGACAGAUGUGAGAUGCCUUGAUCUAGAGUCCCUUGUACAGUUCAACAACCGUGAGGUAAUUGUUUACAUGGAUGACAGCAAGAAACCUCCUGUUGGACAAGGUCUUAAUAAACCUGCAGAAGUAACGCUUCUCAACAUCAAGUGCUUCGACAAAAGGACCAGAGAGCAGUAUACAGAAGGGCCAAAAGUGGAGAAAUAUAAGGAGAUGCUUAAGAAGAAGGCCGAGGACCAAGGAGCAGAGUUUCUCUCCUAUGAUCCCAUCAAAGGAGAAUGGAGGUUCAGGGUAAAUCACUUCAGCAAGUACAAGUUGGAAGACGAAGAGGAAGAUGUGCUGUAACAAUGUUUGUUUUAUUCAUGGCAAUUGUUAAGGAAGAGUUUGUGGGUGGCACAUGUGUUUUCUCCCCAUUAAAAAGGGUAAUGUCUUGAAUGUACAGGGUUGGCAAAUUGUGGUAAUGUUUCGACUUUUUUAAGCGUCACAUCAGACGGUAUACAUGAAUGUUUUCGUGCGAGUGAUUUCGUUAGUUUUUUUUCUGUUCUUGCGAUGCUGACUCUUGGAAUUAGAUUGCUUAUGAAAUGGCAUUAUCAUUGUGUGGGAAA